AUGAGAGUAACGCUACCAGAGCUCGAUACAGUGGGUUGGUUUAAUGGCCUGAGGGCGGAGGGAGAGCCAGAAGAUUCAACAUCUCCGUCUUUGACUGGGUUCGGAGGCCCUGGCUUCAGGGGAUUUCUAAAAAAGUGGACGACCGGACAUCCCAAGGUAGAUCCCAUCUCUCGCGAGUUGAUUGUCUAUCAUUCAACGUUUGUCCAGCCAUUUGUGCAUUACUCCGUUGUACCCGAUUUACGAGCCCAGAGGGCUUCCUUGGAGCAGUCAGAGCCCCUCUUCAACCUUCCCGUCCCAGGAGUCAAGUCAGCCAAGAUGAUGCAUGAUUUUGGUGUAUCACGCCAGCAUACCAUCAUUAUCGAUCUUCCUCUUUCUCUAGAUCCACUGAACCUGGCUUACAACAAACCGGUUAUUGAAUAUGACUUUUACGGACGCACUCGUUUUGGAAUUUUCCCCAGGCGUAAACCAGACCAGGUACGCUGGUUUGAAACCGAACCAUGCUGCAUUCUUCAUACCGUCAAUUCCUGGGAUGACAGCAUUACUGAUAAGGGGACAACUGUGAAUCUGCUUGCAUGCCGAAUGACAAGCGCUGCCAUCGUUUUCAGUACGGGAAACAUUCGACCUCCACCCAAUCUACGGAACAUCGAAGACGAAUGUCGCCUUUAUUACUUUCAGUUUGACCUGUCUCAGAAAGAGAAUAUCAUAUCUCACCAGUGGGCUCUCUCUGUAAUCUCUUUCGAGCUUCCUCACGUCCCCCAACACCUCGCCAUGUCAGCUACACAAUAUGUCUACGGCUGUACAAUGUCGAAGGGAACAUUCUCCACGGCACUUGGGGGCGCCGCUAAAAUUGACUGCCUUGCAAAACUGGAUGUAAAGGCAUUGAUCAGCGAGGGCCUUAGAAGCCCCCCACGGUCGGUGACAGGCUCAGUGGAUAGCCGAUCCGUUCAGGAGAUUUUGGCUUCAAAUGAUCCAGACGAUCACAUCAAAAUAUUUCAGACACCCCCCGGAUGGUACCUACAAGAGUGCUGCUUUGUUCCUCGCACUAACGGGGUGUCGGAGGAUGACGGGUGGCUUCUGACCUUUGUGUUUGAUGAAUCCCAGCUUGAUGAAGACGGAUUUGCCCCAGUGGGGAGUCAAAGUGAACUGUGGAUGAUUGAUGCUAAGACUAUGCGUAUGGUAACGCGCAUUUAUCUUCCUCAAAGGGUACCCUAUGGACUACAUGGAUGGUGGUUUUCAGAGGAGGACGUUUGCAAUCAGCGGGCAGUCGAGACUUGCCGAAGCGGUUGA